GUGUGUGUAUGUGUGUGUAUGUGUGUGUGUGUGUGUUUGUGUGUUAGCAGCAUGAGAGGACUGGAGGCUCCGGGCAGCAGGAGGUGACUUCACCGAGGAGCACACGACAAACAGACGUUUCUGACGGAGCUCAGCUCGACGCCAUGGAUUACUGGAGUGCCUUGGAGGUGUACAAGGAGAUGGUCCUGCUCUACCUGGAGGAGGGCCGGCGGCACGUCAACUCUCACUGCGCCGACCUGGAGCCGUGGCAGAUCAUCGGGGUGACCGUCAUCUCCACGCUGGGAGCUGUCUGGGUCAAAGGCUUCCUCUUCCAGCAAGAAAGUCUCGUGUCGCGAAUCAAGAAGAAGUGCUUUCGACUCAUCAGAAAAAUACCCUUCGUUGGCGGAGCGAUUCAGGGUCAGCUGAACAAGGCUUUGGACGACAUGUCUGCCAGCCUGUGCACUUUGAAGAACGGGAUGAGCUACACUAAACAGUUGCCGUCCAAAGGCCUCUCUCAGAGCCAAGUGCUGGACAAAAUCAGAGAGUACGAGACUCUGAAUGAGGUGCCGUGGGAGAAGGGAUGUGUUUCGGGGGCAGUGUACUGGGGCGAUGAAACCCUGACCAAACUCCUUGUGAAGGUAUAUGGAGAUUUUGCAUGGAGCAAUCCACUUCACCCAGACAUAUUUCCAGGCGUUAGAAAGAUGGAGGCCGAGGUUGUUCGAAUGGCCUGCACGCUUUUCCAGGGCGGACCUGAGUCCUGUGGAACUGUCACUUCAGGGGGAACUGAGAGCAUACUGAUGGCCUGCAAGGCGUACAGAGACAUGGCGUAUGAGCGAGGUGUCAAAUACCCUGAAAUCCUUGCACCUGUGAGCGUCCACGCGGCCUUUAACAAAGCGGCACAUUACUUUGGGAUGAAGCUGGUUCACGUUCCCCUCGACAAAAAAACAAUGAAAGUAGACGUGAAGGCCAUGAAGAGAGCCAUCAACAAGAACACGGCAAUGCUCGUGUGCUCAGCGCCGCAGUUUCCUCAUGGAAUCAUGGAUCCUGUUGAGGAAGUAGCCAAGCUGGCGGAACGCUACAACCUCCCGCUGCAUGUUGACGCGUGCCUCGGAGGUUUCCUCAUUGUCUUCAUGGCCAAGGCUGGUUAUCCUCUCGCCCCGUUCGACUUCAGGUUAAAGGGUGUUACCAGCAUCUCUGCAGACACCCACAAGUAUGGCUACGCCCCUAAAGGUUCCUCAGUGAUCCUGUACAGCGAGAAAAAGUACCGCCAUUACCAGUACUUCGUAGCUCCGGACUGGCAGGGCGGAAUCUACGCCUCGCCCUCGAUAGCGGGCUCCAGGCCAGGAGGCAUCAUCGCCGCCUGCUGGGCGACCAUGAUGCACAUGGGAGAGGAUGGAUACUUAGACGCCACCAAGAAAAUCAUCAGCACAGCUCGCAAAAUCACAGCAGGAAUCUGCAAGAUAGACGGCGUGUUUGUGUUUGGGAACCCAGAGGUGUCAGUGGUGGCGAUAGGCUCGGAUGUUUUUGAUAUCUUUCGUCUGUCUAACGCACUGACGACGAAGGGCUGGAAUCUGAACACACUGCAGUACCCAUCCAGUAUCCACAUUUGUUGCACAGUUCUGCACACAAAUGGGGAGGUCGCAGAUAAUUUUAUUCGUGAUGUCAAGGAGCAGGUCGCCAUCAUCCUGAAGAACCCCAAAGAGAAAACCACAGGAAUGGGAGCGAUCUAUGGCAUGGCCCAGUCCAUCCCAGACAGAUCCAUGGUGACAGAGAUCUCCCAAGGCUUCCUGGACUGUCUCUACAGCACAGAGGUGCCCAAGACAAGCACCAGCCACAUGAACGGCAACGGCAAAGCUCACUGAAACAGGAUCGGGCCCCCGAUGCCCGACUGCAUGCUCGCCUCUCCCCCAAGAGCUCAGAGUUAUCACUCAACAGUUGCCUUAUCUUGCACACCUACAACACAUGAAAACACCUGUAAACAUCUGUGAAGCACAAGCCAUCUUCAUUUGGGGCAAAUCGUUGUAACACUGUCCAUUAACAGUACAGAGAAGUGACAGAUUCCAAACACGAUUUUGUCAUUUUACUUGAUUAACUCACUGUCGUGGAAGAGUGUGAGUUGUUUUAUGUUUCUAAUACUCAUUUCAAUGGUAACUUUUGUUAAAUGCAUCUAUCUCUCACAAUCUACAGUGAUUUCACCAUGACACCAUUCCGUUUUUAUUACAAACUCCAGAACAUUUCAGCUCACCCUCCCCGCUUCUAAAGUCUGUGAUGACUCAACAAAAACAGAGGCCACUGAAAGCUUGUUAGAAACGCUGUGCUGCCCUCUAGCGGGACAUCUGGUGCACUGCUCUAGACUGGCUCUGCAUGUGGAGUUAUGACUCAGGCUUUUUGUUAUCCUCAUCACAUUAUCUCUGGAAUAUAGCAUGUGGAUUUUAGAUACAGGGAGAAAGAUUUCGAUAGUUGUAGCUUUUAAAGUCAUUAUGCAAUAUUCAAAAAAGAAAUAAUAACCACAGCAGGAAAACAUCAGCCACUUAUUUUAAUUAUUAAUUGUUCUCAGACUUCCUCACAGCAGUUGGCUUGUAAUGGACAUGAAUGAAAGUUAAAAUGUUUUAUCAGACUGGAUUGAAGGCCGUGGUCGACUGUUUAUUAGCAAUUAGCAGUAGUAGUAAUCUGCAGUCUGCCUCUGUGCUACAUUGUUUUAAUCAUUUGUCUCCUAAUUCAAUCUACCUCAGUUUCUACUCAAUGCAAAAGAUUCAUCCACUGAAACACAUUCUAACAGGGUCACUGUUUUUUCCAUUAAUCCAGAAUGUUCAGGCAUUUAAUAAAGUGUUCUUAAAUACACGGGUGCAUCUAAAAAAAAUUGAAUGUCGUGGAAAAGUUAAUAAAAAUUGUAUUAGGUAAUGUUCUAGAUUUAUUAGCCGCACUUUUCAAAAUAUUCAAAUAUUUCUUAAAAUCAGUCAAAAAAGGUAUUUACAAUCCAGAAAUGUCCAACUUCUUUAAAGUAUGUUCAAUAAAACACAAUACUUUGUCAGAGAUUUCACGAUAUUCUAAUGUGAGAUGCGCGUGUCCUCAUGCGAAAAGCAAACAGAUAUCCCCUGUGAGGGAGGUCUCUGUAUGAAUGUGGAUAUACACCUUCACUUAAGGCUAAUAACCUAACAAAGCAUACUAUCACACCAAAAGGACCUUGUCUGUAUUUCAUGUGCUUUCCUAAUAUUGCUUGUUGAAAUUGUGUUUCCAUGAAAUGACUUCCAUGUUUGUGCAAUACGUAACUUUUCCUUUUUAUGAAUGAGUAACGAAGGGGAAUGCUCCACUAUUAAUGUUGAAGAGAUGCGUUAUAUCAGAAGCUUAGUGUUGAAUGGUGGCUCGUCAACCUUGUUGGUGUAAUUUAACCAUUUGUGUUUAUUAGACACUUCAUUUGUGAGUCUUUUUUUUCUUUGUGAAACUGUGUUUUUACUUACGGUUAUAAAAGAGAUGAGACAUGAAUGUAUGUAGGUUAUUACAUGUGCAGGGAUUUUUUUCCCCUCCAUCUUUUAAUCAUUUGCCUGGUUGUAAGACUGAUGACAGAAGACAGACCGUAACCCGCCCCCCCACUAACGGUUGAAGCUCCUACUAUCCAUCCAUUCAUCCUUUAAUACUGCAGCCUGUGACAGGAUGUAAAAACUUAUCCCUGUGCAAAGAAGACAAGGGCUUUUCCAGCAAUGACUCAUUCAUGCUUUGGAGACAAUUGUGAUGAUUGAAUGGCCAAGAAAUCUCUUUGAAAUAAAAACUUUUAAUGAA